AUGUCAAAACCCUAUUACUCCCUCUUUGCAGUGUUCAUCAUUCUGGUGACAUGUCAUGCUCAGACUGAUAGUAACACAUCAACAGUAUGUGCUCCUUCUAACUGUGGUAACAUCUCCAUCGGUUACCCUUUUUGGAAGAAGUCCGACACCAACGUUGGAGAGUUUUGUGGCUACCCUGAGUUUGGUCUUGAAUGCUCGGACGACCAUGCCAUCAUUAAAUUUCCAACUGACACAUACCAAGUCGCAGAUAUAAACUAUGAUGUUCGUUCAAUUACACUUCUUGACAUAGAUGUUUUGGACCAACCAUGUCCUAGGGCACGACACAAUGUUUCCCUACAAAACCUUCCUUUGUCUUUCAGCUCUCUAGAUUUGAAUCUGAGUUUCUAUUUCAACUGCAGCUCUUAUCCUGCAUCUGUUGAGCACAUAAAGUGCAUGCAGCAACAUGAUAAGAAUCAGUCUUAUGUGUUUCUGGCUGGGGAUGAAGUUGAAAAUGGAUACGGUUGGGUAAGGCAGUGCGAUGAGCAUGUUGUGGUGACAGUGAAGCAAGAAGAGAUCGAUGGUACUAAUUUGAUCACUGGUUUUGGUGAUGCCAUGAAGAAAGGGUUUGUGCUUGAUUGGGUGAGUGCUAAGGAUUGUGCAGCGUGUGAGGAUUCUGAUGGCUAUUGCAGAUACAAUCAUACCACCAAGCAAUCAAGUUGCUUAUGCAGAGAUGGCAGAACUGUUGCCAAAAGUUGCAAAAAAGGUACACUUUAA